CUGUGGACGUGGCGUAAACUGGAGCAGUAGCAACCGCAACAGUAGCUAGCAGGUAGGAAACUAAGCAAAGGCAAGGUGAGCUCGAAGAUAAUCCCGUGGAAGUAUGGAUAUUAUCCAGGUCAACUGAUUGAUCUCUGGUUAUCUUUUCAGUGAAGAAAACAAUGUCCAGUAUAAGCCAGCACUAUGGGUUCCAGUCAGCCUCCAUGGUGCAGCCUGCCAAUGGUGGUCAUACCUAUCUGUUUGGAAACAAUGGCUCGGAGAAUGACUUGUCAGAAGAGGAUGGGGAGAGCAAUGAGCUGCGGCCCCGUGGCAGAGAGAGGCUGCGACGGAGCACCUCCAGAGAGAGGAUGGACGAUAUUAUCUACCUGACCAGAGACAUCCAGGAGGGUGACACCCUGAACAGCAUUUCCCUGCAUUACCAUUGCUCAGUGGCUGAUAUAAAGCGUGCCAACAAUCUCCUGACAGAUCAGGACUUCUUUGCCCUGCGGUCCGUCAAGAUUCCUGUGAGGCGCUUUAGUGUCCUCACUGAGACCCACAGCACUGGACCUCUCAAAUCUGCCUCCCCCUCAGGCACCAGGCUCCUGACCCAGAUCUCACCUGUUACCUCCCUCCCCUCGGAGUCCUCCACAGACUCUUCCUCUUCCACCGACAGUGUUGAAGGAUUCCUCCUGGAGAAGGACAAGGACAUUGAGCAGCUCGUGAAAUCCACAGGUCCGUCUCGGAACAGCCUGAAUGAGGUUGUGUCCUCCUUAACACUACAGCAGCCAUUACUAGGAGAUGUGGAGUAUAAACCAGUACAGAGAAAGGACCCUUAUUAUGGGGCAGACUGGGGCAUGAGAUGGUGGACGGCUGUGGCCAUCAUGCUGGUUGUUGGCAUUGUCACACCUGUGUUUUAUCUGCUGUACUAUGAGGUUCUAAUGAAAGCAGACGUCAGCCAUCACGGCACUCCCACACAAGCUAAUGGCGCUCCCACACAAGCUAAUGGCGACAGGCCUCAUGGACAUCUGGAUGGCAAUAAUUUGAACUUUAAUGCUGGAGUAGACAACCAACGUGCUGGAAAUGUUUUAAAUAGAGAUCCACAGGGAGCCGGUGUGGACAAAGGAGACGGCGAGCACGGAGGGCAUGAGAAAACAUAACAAGGGAUUAUAACUUUACAUAGAAAGACUUUACAUUUUGCUAACUCUAAUAAGACCUUAUUAAACUGGGUGGAUGUUCCCAUUGUUGAGUUGUUUUAUAUACAUCAGUGCAAUCUGUCUGACAUGGACGGUCACAUUAUAAUGGGAACAGUCAUUUUUAUAUGGUUGAGACAUUCAUUGUGUCUACGGUUAUGCUUUUCAGUGGUCUAAAAACAACAAAUGAUAUUUCAGAGUUGUUAUCAGGGUAGCCAAUAGAUUAUAGGCGAGGGUUUUGUUACCUGCACUCAAACUGUAUCCAAGGAGAUGAAAUACAAACGGACACACUUCCCUAUAACCGUUUAUUCAGUGAUGGAAGAGAAUCAUUCAUUCUGUGGACUUGGUUUUACAGCAGUUUUUACUCUGUUUGGUCCAAGUGUGUUUUAUGCCAUGUAAUAAAUAGUGUAUUUUCCAAUGAUAUAAGUUGGGAAAGUAUGGUCGCUGCCAUGAGUUUAAUAUAGUUAAUUUAUUUCAAGACUAUUAAGCAUUAGCCUUUACACUAUCAGUAUUGAAAGGUACCAGUUAAACAAUUUCUCUGAAUUUUCUAUGAAAGUUGCUUGAAUUCUUCUUUUCUUCAGUUUGCAGCGAGAGAGCUGCAUUUUUUUUUUUUCUUCCAAAAAAACAACCUCAGAGAGUAUGGUGACGAAAAUGGGAAAUGCACAUUAUUCCCACGAUGACUCAUAAGAGUAAUUAUGUGAGAUUUUAGACUUUGUCAUAUAGCCCUUUUAUUUUAUCACCGUGUUCACUUGAUACUUUAUGAAAAAGCAUUUACAUGUUGUUGACAGUAUGUGCCUUUCAACCUGUGGAAAUGUGACAGGCUGGAAAAUAAAUACAUCUAUUUUGAAUAAAUUAUUGCCAGUAUGCACA